CCGCGAAAAUCCUCAUCCCGGCCGAACCAAAACAAAAGGCAGAAACUGGAAAGAAAGACUGCCAGCGAGUGUUGAUUGUCUUUAUCUUGAUACGCUCGUCUCGCUUUGGAAUCUGCAAUGGAUAAACGGAAGCAACCUUUCGGCAAAAGCCCUGCGCCGCCGAAACGUCCACGGGCUGACGACGAUGAAGAUGAUGAAUUUCCCGGUACCUUUGAAGAGGAGUUGGCAUUCAUGGAUGCCAAUGAGGCAGAAAUGGUCGAGGCUACAGGAGAGGGACCAGACACUAAUCAGACCUCAGUGAAAUGGAGCCGUCCUGCCCCUCCUCCCUUGGAUCCACAAAAGGACAAUUUAACUUUUCAACAGAUCGAUGUGGACCAUUACACUGGGAGUCCCAUGGCUGGAAUGCCUGGUGCUCAGAGUGGACCAGUUCCUGUGAUGCGGCUCUAUGGUGUUACAAUGGAGGGUAAUUCAGUGUGUUGUCAUGUUCAUGGUUUCACUCCAUAUUUUUUUGUAUCAACCCCAAAUGGAUUCAAUGAUAGUCACUGCAAGCCAUUUAAGGAUUCUUUAAAUAAAGCUGUUUUAGCUGAUAUGAAAGGAAAUCGUGACAAUGUUCAAGAAGCUGUGCUAGCUGUUGAAAUUGUCAAGAAGCAAAGUUUGUAUGGGUAUCGUGGUGAUGAUAUGCAGCAGUUUCUUCGUGUGACAGUGGCACUGCCUCGCCUCAUUGCACCUUCCAAGAGAUUGCUUGAAAAAGGUGAUGUGUUUACUGCCUUAGGUACUCACGCCUUCACUAGCUAUGAGUCAAACAUUGAUUAUGACAUCAGGUACAUGGUGGAUGCAAAUAUGGUCGGUUGCAAUUGGAUUGAGCUGCCAACUGGACACUGGAAGAUGAGGCAAAAAAAUAGCUCAACCCUUCCAUUUGUAUCAAGAUGUCAACUUGAAGUGGAUGUCUCAUGGGAAAAGUUAAUCUCUCAUCAACCUGAGGGAGAAUGGGCAAAGGUGGCUCCCUUCCGUAUUCUCAGUUUUGAUAUUGAAUGUGCUGGACGGAAAGGUAUUUUCCCAGAACCAGACCAUGAUCCAGUCAUUCAAAUUGCCAACAUGGUUAUCAAACAAGGGGAAGCAGAACCUUUCAUACGGAAUGUUUUCACCUUAAACACAUGUGCUCCCAUUGUGGGGUGCCAAGUCAUCAGCUGUGAUAAAGAAACUGAAAUGCUAGAGAAAUGGGCAGAUUUUGUAAGGGAAGUUGAUCCUGAUAUUUUCACUGGCUACAACAUCACAAACUUUGAUUUUCCAUACUUGAUUAAUAGAGCCAAACAUUUGACUGUGCGCAACUUUUCAUUCUUGGGAAGAAUUAAAAACAUCCAAUCUGUCAUCAAAGAUACACAGUUGUAUAGUAAACAAAUGGGCCGUCGAGAAAAUAAGAGUGUCAACUUUGAGGGCCGAGUACCUUUUGACUUGCUUCUUGUGCUUGUCCGAGAUUAUAAGUUGAGAUCUUACACUUUGAACGCUGUCAGUUACCAUUUCCUUCAGGAACAAAAAGAAGAUGUGCAUCACUCAGUCAUCUCAGACCUUCAAAACGGCACUGCUCAGACUCGCCGCCGUCUGGCUGUUUACUGCCUCAAAGACGCCUAUCUUCCACUGAGAUUGUUAGAAAAGCUGAUGUGCAUCAUCAACUACAUGGAAAUGGCUCGUGUAACUGGAGUGACUCUGGGUAGUCUGCUUACUAGAGGCCAGCAAAUAAAAGUUGUUUCUCAACUUUUGCGUAAAGCCAAGGAGCAUGACUACAUCAUGCCCACCUACCAAAGCAGUGGAGGGGAGGACCAAUAUGAAGGUGCCACUGUUAUUGAACCUAAGAGAGGGUAUUAUGGUGACCCGAUCUCAACUCUGGAUUUCAGUUCUCUAUACCCCAGCAUCAUGAUGGCCCAUAACUUGUGUUACACAACACUUCUCCAGGGUAACUCGAAGGAAAAACUUGGACUGACGGCUGAUCAGUACUCACGAACCCCUGCCAACAAUUACUUUGUGAAAGCAUCGGUACGCAAAGGGCUUCUGCCGGACAUUCUGGAGAGUCUGUUGAAUGCUCGUAAAAAAGCCAAAGCAGACCUAAAGAAAGAAACGGAUCCCUUUAAGCAGAAAGUGCUUGAUGGUCGUCAGUUAGCUUUAAAGAUUUCUGCCAAUUCAGUCUAUGGUUUCACAGGCGCCCAAGUAGGAAAACUGCCAUGCCUUGAAAUAUCUGGAAGUGUCACAGCUUAUGGUCGUACCAUGAUUGAACAAACCAAGACUGAGGUUGAAUCGAAAUAUCGCAUUGAAAAUGGAUAUGAAUAUGAUGCUGUUGUAAUUUAUGGAGACACGGAUUCUGUGAUGGUUAAAUUUGGUGUCAAAACUUUGGAGGAAGCCAUGAGAUUAGGUCAAGAAGCUGCUGAAUAUGUUACAUCUAAAUUCAUUAAACCUAUCAAACUAGAAUUUGAAAAAGUGUAUUUUCCCUACCUUUUAAUUAACAAGAAAAGGUAUGCUGGAUUAUACUUCACUCGAGCUGAUAAGUAUGACAAAAUGGACUGCAAAGGAUUAGAAACAGUUCGUCGUGAUAAUUGUCCUUUAGUUGCCAACAUGAUGAACACAUGUCUGCAGAAGAUUCUUAUUGACCGUAAUCCUGAUGGUGCUGUUGCAUAUGCCAAACAGAUUAUUUCUGAUCUACUGUGCAAUCGCAUCGAUAUAUCUAAUUUAGUUAUUACCAAAGAAUUGACCAAGUCUGAUUAUGCAGCUAAACAAGCCCAUGUUGAACUAGCUGCAAAAAUGAAAAAGCGAGAUCCUGGAACUGCGCCAAAGCUUGGAGAUCGAGUGCCCUAUGUGCUGAUCUCUGCCUCUAAAGGAACCCCAGCCUACAUGAAAGCAGAGGAUCCCAUCUAUGUCCUUGAAAAUAGUAUUCCACUUGAUUUUACCUAUUACUUAGAAAACCAACUGUCAAAGCCAUUGCUGAGAAUAUUUUCUCCAAUUUUGGGAGACAAGGCAGAUUCCAUAUUACUCCGUGGUGACCACACUCGCACUCGAGCCGUGGUCACGUCGCGGGUCGGUGCUCUAUCUGCCUUCACUGUCAAGCGCCAGACCUGUCUGGGGUGCAAGGCGGUUUUGCCCAAAGACCAAGAGAGCAAUGCACUGUGUUCACAUUGCUCCCCAAAUGAAGCCAAGUUGUUCCUCUCAGAAUUGACAAAAUAUCGCACUUUGGAAGACAGGUUCAGCAGAUUGUGGACCGAAUGUCAGAGGUGUCAAGGGUCAUUACAUGAAGAGGUCCUGUGCACCAGCCGAGACUGUCCCAUCUUCUACAUGCGUAAGAAAAUCCAAAUUGAACUUGAUACUCAAGACAAAUCUCUCCAGCGUUUUGGUGACCCAACUUGGUGAUAGCUGUGAUUCUGGAUGUCUUUGGGAUCAAUUAUUAUAGUGCUUGAAAAUGUGUUCUGCUCUGCCAUCAUGGAUAUUUUACUAAAUUAUGAUCAUCAGUAAAAAUUUCAAUUUUUAUCAACUUUUUUUACCUGUGCAUGUACUUAUGCUGCUUCAGAUUUGCAUGCAGUGUUUGUAGACAAUUGUUUUAGUGAAAUUUUGUUUUUCAUGUAUGUUUUAAACUAAGUUAAAUGAAAUAAAGCCGACUUCAGCAGAA